AGCCUUCCCUCAACGACCCCGGAGUUUCUUUCCUACAUGCUCUUCCCUUCGCUGACGUCUCACACCCAGUCUGGUUGGUUCUUACUUAAAAGCUUCAACUACACUGGGAAAGUCUCCAUUACUCCGAGAUUAGGCUUCUCUGACACGAGGAGAGCUAAGGGGUAGGAACAAAGCCACAGGAACCUACUUUCCUGCGCAGCCGCUGUCUGCUGGAUGGGAAGGACCGUGAUCCUUCGCAGAAGAGGCGUGGCCAGACAGCGGAAGUAGCUGGUACCCGGAAGUACUUUCCCCGUGCUUUAGCAGGCGUGGAAAGCUUGGAGUAUGGCUUUGGAAGGGGAGAACAAGCGGAAGAAAAAGAGAACUGUGGAGCACAGGGAGGACCCGGGUGCCGGCGGGGAAGUGGCCGGAGACUACCUGAUUGGACAGGUAGCCAAGAGUUUACUUGGCGGGCGGCGCCCUCCCAGUGGUAGCUCGGGGCGGCUGGCCUCCCUCUUCAGUGCUGCCGCGCCACAAGUUCGACCGGUCUACGUGCCUGUGUCUCAGGAAACUUCUAGAAAAAGGAAAUGUGAUAACGAGGAAGAAAGUACAUCACUGAAUCAAAAGCCAUUUUUGCAAGAGCGUGCAAAAAAAGUGAAGAAGGAACUUUCUGAUGCAGACAAGAAGUUGGCAAGCAGGGAAAGUGCUUUAGCAAGUGCAGAUUUAGAAGAAGAAAUUCUCCAAAAACAAGGACAGAAAGGGAAAAAGUCUCAUUCUAGUGGUAAAGUAGCAGAUAGAAAAGUACUUGAUGAUAAAGAUCACAACUUUGAUGCAAAUCAAAGAAAGAAAAUCCCAGUCAACAAAGAAGAAGAGAGAUUAAAGAAUGAGAGGACUGUGUUUGUUGGGAAUUUGCCUGUCACGUGUAAUAAGAAGAAGCUGAAGUCAUUUUUUAAAGAGUAUGGACAAAUAGAAUCUGUACGAUUUCGUUCUCUGAUUCCAGCAGAGGGAACUGUAUCCAAAAAGUUGGCAGCAAUCAAACGUAAAAUUCAUCCUGAUCAGAAAAACAUUAAUGCUUACAUUGUGUUUAAGGAUGAGAGUGCUGCUACAAAAGCACUGAAAAGAAAUGGGGCCCAGAUUGCAGAUGGAUUUCGUAUUCGGGUUGAUCUUGCAUCUGAGACCUCAUCUAGAGACAAGAGAUCAGUGUUCGUUGGGAAUCUCCCUUACAAAGUUGAAGAAACUACUGUGGAAGAACACUUUCUGGACUGUGGCAGAAUUUUGGCAGUGAGGAUUGUGAGAGACCCAGUUACAGGAGUUGGCAAAGGGUUUGGCUAUGUGCUCUUUGAGAAUACAGAUGCUGUUCAUCUUGCUCUGAAAUUAAAUAAUUCUGAACUAAUGGGAAGAAAACUAAGAGUCAUGCGCUCUAUUAAUAAAGAAAAAUUAAAACAACAAAGUUCACAUACAGGAUUAAAGAACGUCAGUAAAUCUAAACAGAGACUUAAUUUUGCUUCCAAAGAUGUAGGACAAUACAAAAAUGUAUUUAUUGGAGAAAAAGCUAUUCUUGUUAAGAAGAAGAAGAAAGGACAGAAAAAGAUUGGGCGAACUAAGAAUGUGAAAAAACAGAAGUAACCAUCAGAAGCUGCUUGCUUUUUUCUCCAUGAAGUCUGGCAAUCUAACGUCUCAGUGUUCCGGUGAUGCUGUGGUACUCCAGGUCAAGAUUACACCAGCUGAAGACAUCCUGGGGAAAGACAAAAUCUUCAUCUGCAUUGUCCUCAUUGUUCUUGGAUUUUCACUGCUGCUCCCUGCUGGCCACUUGUUAGAUUUGUUACUCUCUGCCCUCUGAGCCAUCUGUUAGAUUUGUUUCUCCUGAUUCACCCAGUAAAGUUGUGGCAAUUGGGGGGCUUUUGUCUUUGUUGCCCGGAGCAGCAUUGAUGAGGCCCAGUACCCACCUUCUCUUAAGAUUCAUUUUUCUAAUAAAUUAAUUUGCCUUGUGCUGUUGUGGCUUGCAGGAGUCUAGGACUUACUGCAGAUGUUCUAGUGAUAUCCCUUUUCUCUUUUCCUUGCAAUGACUGAUAGCUGUGAAAAUCCUGUCUUUUGGGAAUAAUAGUGCAUGGAAAACCUAAAGUCGAGAUUUCAGUUUUAUAGUAACACAUGUGAAGUUUUAAUGUCUGUUCUUAACAGUUUAUAUCUAGAUGUCUCUCCCAAAGCUUCAUGCACUUACAGGUGGUGCUCUUGGGAUGUGAUUGGAUCAUGGGGCAUAAUACUCAUCAGUGAAUUAGUCCACUGAUGAGUUUACCCAAAUGUGAUGUUGGGAAAUAAAGCCAGGUCAGGAGAUGGGUACUGGGGCUGUGGCCUGAAGUUUGUAUCUCCCUUUCUUCCUUUUGUGAUCUCUGCUUCCUGCUGCCUUGGUAUGAGCAACUGUCCACUGCCAUGGCUUGCUGCUGUGCAGCCCUGCCUUGUAGCCAACCAACUAUGGACUGAAAACUCUACGAACUAUAGCCAGAAUUGUAGCCAAUAUAAACUUUCUGUCUCUCAUGUUGUAGGUAUUGAGUAUUGUCUCAACAAUAAGUAAGAUGUGUGCAAACAGACAUGUACAAUCUUGUCUUUAUAGCCUACAAAAUUUGCAUCUUUAUGUAAAUUUAAAUGGGAAUAUAUGCAAAAAUACUCAAGUAUGAUUAGGUGAUAAAUAUUUGUUCUAAACAUCAUAAGGGAUACAAAGCAUAAAAUAUCCAUUCUCUGGUUACAGGAAAACGUAGCUGUCUCUGCCCUCUACAGACGUAUAUCUUAAAGACCCAUUACGUUUACGUAAGGAUGGAACAUUUGUAAACUGUAUAGAUUGUCCCUGCAUAUGUAGCUGUGUGCACAGAUUUGUGACUCUCCUGUGACUGGACAGCUUCACAUUUGUUACUGUAUAAUUGAAAUUUCCAUUUCUCUCUAAGAGUAUGCAUAUUACUCUCUAAAAUAUGUUUGACAGUAGGACAAAAUGUGUUUAGAAAAAUUUCCAGAGAUACUCUGGUAAUGCUUUGUUACCUGGACUAAAAUACCAGUAUAUCUGAUUAAAUAUCUCUAGUCCCAAGAAGAUAUUGGCAUGGUCAUCAGUGGCUACAAUUUGAUUUUUAUUGAUUGUAAUAGAGAUUAUCAGUGGCCUUGAUUAAUUGCAACCAUAUUCUUGUUUUUCUCGUGAAACCUUUCCCUGACUGCCCUAUGAACAUGUUUUCUGCUAAUGUUCUUGGGCAUAAAGUAUAAGGUUAAAUAAUUCUUAGAAUGAAAAGACAUAGGAAUGCUUCACAUCACCUACCCAAGUAUUUUCUCAC